AUGGACAAUUCAGAGAAUUUUAAUAGAGAAGAAGCUUAUAAUCUUUAUAAAGAGUAUGCAAUCCGGAUAGGGUUUAAUGUUAGAAAAUCCAUAAGUAGAUAUCAAGUUGGAACAAAAACUAUUUCUCAAAAAGAAUAUUGUUGCUCAAAACAAGGUGUUAGAGAUGAAAGAAAUCCUUAUGAUACUAAACAUCGAAAUAGAUUACAAACGAGAAGUGGGUGUGAAGCAAUGAUUCGAUUUACAGUUAAAGAUGGUGUAUGGACAGUGACAAAGUUCAUUUCAACUCAUAAUCAUGAAUUUGCAUCACCAUCUGAAAGACACUUACUUAAAUCUAGCAGGAAUGUGUCUUUAGAGAGAGCUAAUGUUCUUGAUACAAUGAUCAAUGCUGGUUUACGAACUAGAGAUGCUUAUGCUUUUAUGUCUGCUGAAAUUGGAGGAAGUGAUAAUGUGGGAUUUACAAAGAGAGGGCAAAAGAUGACAUUGAUUGAAGCCGGGGAUGCUCAAAGUUUACUUAAUCAUUUUAAGCAAAAAAAUGCAGAAGAUGCAAUGUUUUUUUAUACGAUACAAGUAGAUCAAGAAAAUAGAAUGACUAACUUUUUUUGGAGAGAUGCAAGAUCAAGAAUAGACUACGAUUUUUUGGGGAUGUUGUUAUUUUUGAUACUACCUUUCGGACUAAUAGAUACAACUUGA